ACCCAAACAAAGACGUAAAAGGAUUCUCAUCUUCUACUUCCGGUGGUGUUAGCCCCGCGCUGUUCCGCUGAGAAGAUGCCGAAGUUUUAUUGUGAUUAUUGUGACACAUACCUGACACAUGAUUCGCCAUCAGUCAGAAAGACACACUGCAGCGGACGGAAACAUAAAGAAAACGUAAAAGAUUAUUAUCAGAAAUGGAUGGAGGAGCAGGCUCAGAAUCUCAUCGACAAAACAACGGCCGCUUUCCAGCAGGGUAAAAUCCCCCCCACCCCGUUCCCAGGAGCCCCUCCACCUGGCGGAUCUCUGCUACCACAUCCAAAUAUUAGCGGACCUCCAAGACCGGGCAUGCUGCCAGCUCCACCCAUGGGUGGUCCUCCUAUGAUCCCUAUGAUGGGUCCCCCUCCUCACGGCAUGAUGCCUGGAGGACCAGGUCCAGGUAUGCGGCCACCGAUGGGUGGACCUAUGCAAAUGAUGCCCGGGCCACACAUGAUGCGACCUCCCGCUCGGCCAAUGAUGCAGGCCAUUAGACCUGGAAUGGUGCGACCUGAUCGAUAAAGCCACCAUGCUAUGAUUACUAACCCGAUAUCCAUAAAA